UUUUUAAUCUCUCCUUCUGCUUCCGUCUACUUGUGUGAAUAUGGCGGCAAGCGAAACUAUAAACGGCGAGCAAAAUGAAGUUGAAUCUAUCGUCAAUCGGUGGUUAUUGGAUUAUUAUUAUUGCUGCGUACUGGAGCGUUUCGUAAAGGACCAAUACGAAGAGUUUUGCAGCGUAAGAAGUGUGGUCGAAAGUAAGAAAGAAAUGAAGCUAUCAUCUCUCUCCUGUUACCAAACAAACAAACUCAGAGCUUCCUCAGACUUGUUUGUUGUUUCUGACAAACUUAAGGAAAAGCAGAAUAUUACUCUAAAUACAUGCCCACUGUCUACAAAGUCAUACCGGUCAGUUUUGAGGAGUGUGACAUGCUUCUCUUUACAAUACUAAGUCAUUUCUAACAAGUAGUUUAGCUGAUGUUAGCCUUAGCAUCAUUUGCCACUGCGUGUAAGACAUGUGAAGACGCAUCCAAACAUGUCGCAAACUUAUGAUCUUAUUAACCAUAUAUUUAAACAAGAUUAUGACAUGCCAGGAAAACAAAUAGCAGAAACAUCUGUUAACAACAUGCUGUAGUUCUUCUUUCACUUUGAUAAGAUGUGUCCUUAUUGACUGUUUGUGAGUAAAGGCCAGGUGGUGGAGUCAGCUUAUAAUAAUAAUAAUAAUAAUAAUAAUAAUAAUAAUAAUAAUAAUAAUAAUAAUAACCGUACUUAUGUAGCACUUUUAAAAACAAAAGCUUACAAAGUGCUUUAACAUUGAGGAAACAAAGAAGAUAAAAACAACAGGACAACAUUAAGAGAACACUUGGGGGAAAUGUCGCAUUAGUGGCAAUAAAGAAAUAAAAUAAAAAUUGGUGUAAGACAUAAAAGCUUUGAUGAAUGUCACAUGAGCUGAGCGGUCAUUAAAACGAAGACAUUAUAAGAGCCUGUGAUACCCAGCCAACACAGGAACACAACCACAAAAACCUGAGAGCAAGGGGACUUUUAUAAAACAUGAAUAAGAAGAGUAAAAAGUUUUAGAGAAGACAAAAUUACUAUAAAAAUGAGUUUUAAGACGUGAUUUAAAAGCAGUGACUGUUUGCAGUGACUAGACUGUUUCUAGUUAGUUGCCAUAUGAAGGUAAAGCCUGGAUGUUGUGUUGUCUCUUUACAGGUGUGUUGGCCCGUCCUCUGCAGAUCACCAAUAUCAUGCCAACAAAGAUCAGAGUUAUGCAGUUUCUCUCACGGAUACAUGAGGGGGAAAAACUUGGUGAGUUUAAUAUUAAUACAGUUACAAUGCAACAACAUUGUAGCACAUUACUGGAAAUCUUAUGAAGUUGCAUCUUUAUUGCAUCUGAUUUUUCCACAUUAUUGACCCCUGUUUCAAAGUGCAGCUCUAUAAUUCACCAUGACCCCUGUAGUAGAUCAACUAUAUUAGAGCGUCUUGUUCUCCAAAUACAUGUUGAGUAAAACCAGAAGACUCCUCGAUGGAGCCACACUGUGGUCACACAAAAAAAAAAUGUAGUUUGGCAUCUUAGUGCUGUAUUGUACAAGGUGUCAUGAAAAAGGAAUGGUAUGGUUGGCAGCAUGUGCUGCUCCAAAACUUGUAAAUAAAUUAUUCAGCGUUCGUCUUCUUAGUUGUGUAAGUUACCCAUGCAAUGGCCACUGAUGCAUCCACCCAAGGGUGCUGGCUUUCAAAGUGUACACUGUUGAAGAAGCCUCUCUUCUCCCCCACUCUUCUUUUAUGAGUGGAACUUAAGUUACGCAGGAUUUCCAAACAGGAUGCCAAAUUUUGAUUCAUUUUGAUUUUGGUGUUUUAGGCCAAUGCAGUGAUUCCCACUCUAGACAAAACACUUUGUCGAGUUUUGGUUUGUCUUUGGCUGCAGACAUGUCGUUUGAAUCUGAUGAGUCAGUUACUCCUCUGGAAUCAGCGUUAUCCAUUCUGGAAGUUAUGGGCAGGGAAAAUGUUGUUUCACAGCAGGAUUUCCAAAAAGUCAGCACAUCACUCAAAGAGAUGGUAAGUGUUAUUAUUAUUAUUAUUAUUAGAUUCUGUUCAUUGUAACAAUCCUGACAACAGAAUUGACUGUCUCUUUUUAUUUGUUGUCCUUAGAUGGUGGGGAUUCUCAUCAAAAAUGAUGAGUUUGACAAAGCAAAAAAGGUGCUGAACAAACACUUUCCCAAGACCAUGAUAGGAAAGGUGAGCGCUGUAGCUGCAACAGCAUAACCUUUCACAACCUCCAUAAUAAGUCUUAUGAGCAGUCAAACCCUUUCACUGUUACUGCUUCCACACUGUCAUUGAUUACACUGUCAGUUCAUUUCCAUUGAGGAGUUGUGGUGCUCUUGGUCUGAGAGAGGAAUUCAAGAGAAUGGCACAUUUUUAGAGCUGAACUUGGGUUUUAAAAAGCCAAAAACCAAAAGAGGAUAGUAGAUGUAAAAUGUCCAAUCACUGCUGAUAUGGUCUGCAGUAAUUCUGGGAUCACUAACUGAUGUCCAGUGACCCCCAGUUAGUGUCGCAGCAUUUGCAUUUUCAGGAGUUUUAGUUUGGUUGUUUCUCUACUUCAUACAGAGCAAAUAUGAGCUACAUUAUUGGUCCUUGUGACAGUGAAGCAAAAUGACCAACAAGUCUUUCUAAAUGUCGACAGGCCUGAAGGCAGUUGCCACUCAUUUAGCAAGCACUUCAGUUGGACUCCAAAAAGGUCUCCUACCUGCUGACAUCAGUCUGAUUUGCUGAUUUAUGCUUAGCUUAGUGAAAAGUUUCUCUACAUUGUUUGUAGUCUUGUUGCAGAGAUAUACUUCAAAGUUGGAGUUUUCCUCAUUACAUUUAAAUCCUCAUUUAAAAUGAUUAUGCAGAACCAAUGCAUUGUAAUACAUGCUAAAAAGUUGCAAAAAAGUUUUGAUGCAUUUUUUAUUCAUCAAUUGAUAGUUAGAGUGUGUGUGUGUGUGUGUGUGUGUGUGUGUGUGUGUGUGUGUGUGUGUGUGUGUGUGUGUGUGUGUGUGUGUGUGUGUGUUUGAUGUUUUGGUGUAAUUUCCUGAACUUCCUUUGUGUCAUCUGUAGAAAGCCGUAUACAUGGGCCUCAUCCAACAGAAGAAAAAAACACAUGAAGUCAUCGAGAAACUCGACUUCCAAAAGUUUAAGGAGGAAAUUCUGGUCUUUUGUAAGAAACUCUGCCCAUGUAGAGCUUCUUUUCUCCAAAAGGUAUUGCAUAUGAUUUCUUUGUAUUGUUUAGCUUUUAUGGCAGGAGAUUAACAAGAAGUAUUGAUUUAAAUUUGUACAUUUUCGACGGAAAUUCAUAGAAGCAAAUUUCUUUGAUAACCAACCCUGAGCUUUAUUAGUAGUGAGAAAUGAUUAAGAAUAAGUUUUAUGUGUCUUCUCAUAUCAUAGUAACAUUUUUUCAGCUAAUCUUCAUUUUCAACACUUGUUCGCUGAUAAAUGUCUUUUUUUGUUGGUCCUUGUAACAGGCUGCCAAACAGCUCAUUGAUGAAAAGAAAGCAAAUAAUAAUGAUGGUAAGGCAGUCUGUGCCAUUGAGGAAGAUGAACCGAGUCUGUCCCCCCAUCACCAGUUUUCACAGUGGUAGGUUCUUGUUUUGUCUCGCCUCUUACACACUGAGCUCAUUGGAUACAAACAUGAGGAUGUUCUCUGAGAAGAAAAGCUCAAAAUCCAACAGGGUUAAUGGCGCAGUUGUAUUCACAUAUCUCCUUUUGUUAUGCUGUGAUGUUUGGGGUGUUUUUUUAUUGCAAUUACAGUCAGUAAUGAGUACAGUUUGUCUUUUAGAAGUUCAGCUUCUCAGUGGAAGAGUAGGUUUACAGUACAGUAAGUUAUUACCUGUGCUGCAAUAGGAUCCCAAAUUGUAGAGUUCGAUGCUGUUUCAUCAGGACCUAAAUUUUGACAGGAUGCAGACAAUGCCCUCAGAUUGGCCAAGGUCUCCCACACAGCUUCGAGUAAUUAAAGCUCACAAACAUUACCAAGAGGAGGUUCAGAAACCCACUUUCAUAUUUUUAAACGUUAAACUUUUGGUCACAAGACAAACAAGCCACCCAGCCUUAACACACUGUUGCUUACACUGCAAAUGAAGGGCACCUGAGAUCGAACCCCCGACAUUUAGAUUUUGAGACAACUGACGCAGCUGCCCCUCAUUGUAUAAUAACUACUAUCAUAACAAUCAAUUACACAAUCUUUAUUUCAAUAGCCCAAAUUCACAACAGGUGUCAUCGCAGGACGCUGUACAAAAACAGCUGGUCUAGACCGUGUUCUUGGUCCAUACUCUAUUUACAAAGACCCAAUGUAAUAAUGGGAUCAGAUUGAGCCCCGGCUCAUAAGACCACAUGAGUGUAACACUUCACAGCAUUAAGCAAGUUACAGUAGAGAGAAAAAAUGCAUUUAUAUAUGUUUCCCAUGUUUACAUAUUUUUCUUAAACACGUUUAGCACCUGACUAACAGUGUUCAUUAUUUUGUUCACAUAUCGGAGCGCAGGAUUUGGUUGUAAAAUAUAUAUUAGCAUAAAGUUUGAACAAGUGAGGUCAGAGUCAUUUGUUUAGUCUGCUGUGCUGAUAUGCUGUUAGAAGAAUUAUAUAGCAACCUUUUAAUUUUACGACUUGCAAUAUCUCUUACUCUUCAGGAAGACGACUACCAGCUGUUCAGUUUGUUAUUCUUUGUCUCUGUUUUCAUCCAGUAAAAACCCAGUCAUCCAAAUGUCCAGGCUGAAGGCAGCCUUCAAGGCUUUGUCAGUUCCAGGUGAGAGAACCUUUGCUCAGGUGGAGAAAGAAGUGGAGAAAGAGGAACGGAAAAGAAGAGAGUCUGUUUCCCCCCAACCCUCCCUUUCUCCAAAGAGGAGCACAAACAAAGAUUUAGAGCAGAGUCAGCAGUUUCAGAGAGACUCAGGGAGCCCCAUGGAGGCUUCACCAGCAGACCAGCCGCCUCAGACAGACACUGUUCCUCAAGCUCAGGCAAGUUCCCUCUCAAAGACGCCUGAAGUGACGAGGAACAGACGAUCACCUUAUAACCUGGCACGGCUGGUCGUUGAGCCAGACAGCCAGGUACCCCUGAGGAACAUGACAGCCUCUCAGGAGCAGUUGGACGAAUUAGGACCUGAGGAGCCUGGACAGUCACGAACUGGAUCAAACAAAAAGAACAGAAAAAGGUAAAUGAGAUGAAGAAAUAUCCCCUUUUUCUUUUCUUUUUUUUUUUUCCAAAAGUGCACAUACUAGGUUAUUCCAAAGUUUAGUCAGCCAAAUAAAGUUAAUUGUCUGAUUGAUUAUCCUGUGUUUCACAUUUCAGAACAUGAUAUUAGUAUUAGGUAUCAGUUAUUCUGUAAAAGUGCUCUCUCUAUCAAACAAACCUUUUAUUUGUCCAGCAUAAAAAUAAGUGAAGAUAAUGUUUAUUUAUCGGUGCAUCAAAAUGUUGUCUGACAGUGUCCUCAGACCUGUCUGAGAACAAUACAAGCUGGCAGAUUUUUACACAAGUACAAAAAAAACAGCGUAAAAGAGUGUUUAUAAAAACGCUUUGAGGUCAAAGUAGAUCUAUUAAAUCACAUGACUCAGGCAGAAAUACUUCAUGCACCUUUUUAUGUGUCAUACUGCAGGAUGUGAAAACAUGAAAUGAGGUUUUGUCGGACUUGUGCAUGGUUGUGUGUUACUCUAAAUAUUUAGUACUAGCAGUAAUGUUUUGUCACGUAGAGUCUUGAGUAGUUCAGAGUCAUCAGGAGAGGAGCAGGAGCACAUCGAGGAGGAGGAGGAGCAGGUUGAGGAGGAGUGCACCACUCCCCGCCAACUCCAUAAGAAGUCAACCAGGUAGUCAUGAUCUACUUCUAAACGCUGUUGUUUGUCUGUCUUUCACACUGGAAGAAUCAUUUUUUUAAAUUUCAUUGCUAUCAAAAACUAUCCUGCUUAUUUCACUGCUUUAGAGUAUGAGAGGAUGUGUUUUCUGGACAGUGACAUUCAGAUUUAAAUUGUUUUUCUUUUGUUUAUAAAUACAGUUCUUGUUCUAACUUAAACUCGUAUCUAACUAGGCCAGUUUUAAAUGUUUAAUUUUACUUCAGUCCACUGUAUCUGUAAGUAGAGCAGACAAAGAACGUUGCUCUACACUGUAUAACAUAUUUCUGACUAUAAGUCUGAAUUCUCAUCAUCAGAAAAUCCAACUCAAGAAGGAUUUCAUCAGACUUGGAAAGUGAUAUACAGGAAUCAUCACCUCAUGAAACCCCUUCUAAAAGGCUGACCAGGUAUCUUAACUGCAAGUACACUCAAAUUCAAUCAGUUAAUGUGGGAGAUGGGUCUUGGUUUCAUGUCAAUAACUUAAACAUUUGAUGUACUACAUACAAUAAACAGGGACAAAGGGGAUGCAUGUGAAGUGCGCCUCAUUGACCUGUCAUUGAGAGACUCGCCAAAUCACUUGUCUUUUUGUCGCAUUCGUCGAACAAGCUCCACCCCCACAAAGGAGGAUGGCGGUCCUUCCCAUUCAAAGUGGUGAGUAUCAGUCACGACAGAGGCUUAAGUGAAACGUGAUGCUUGAAGAUUGUCAGUUUUUGUAAUUCUGAUUAUUUUUGACAGUUUCUUGAAGUUACAAUGUCGUCAUGAUCUUGUAUUUGUUUAAUUCUGCACCAUGUUGUAAGAAUUUGUUGUGGUUCAUAAAAAAAAUUUACUACAUUGUUGUCGUAGUCGAGAUGCUGCCCUUUGGUGCUAAUAUUUUCACAAUUUUUCUCAAGCAUUAACAACAAAUUCUCAUUCAUAGGAAAGAACUGUUACAUAAUGCAAAGGAGAGUCGGGAGACCUGGAGCGAUGAGGAGACAUAUUUCACUUUCAAAAAGAGCAACAGUAAUAUGUCUUUUAAUAUAUUCUUCUGAUAUUCAGUCUGCAUAAAUUUGCCCAUGAAAAGCUUAUUUGUAUAAUUAAAUACCUUUGUUUUUUCUAAAGGAUCGCAAAACGAGAGCACCUCAGGUCCCAAGAAGAGGGUAAGUAUAACAAAACUUUAGUGGUAUGAUUGGAGAUGUCUUCUGUCGGUUUUUUAAGAAGGAAUAUAAAAGAAAAUAACAGUAACUGCAUGUCGAGACAGCAGUAGAUUUAGCUGAAGCAUGAACUCAAACUGGUGAAUCUGCCUGAUGAAAUCUAAAUCAUGUUUUGGGCUGGUGUGUCGCAGCAGCAGAGAGCGGAGUAACCUUGUGUUCCUUUGUUGUUUUUCAGAUGUGGACGGACGCUGAGACACUGCAGUUGAUAGAGGGGGUUAAGAAAUUUGGGGAAGGCAAUUGGACUCGGAUUAAGGAUUAUUUCUCCUUUAAAGACAGAACAAAUGUCCAACUUAAGGACAGAUGGAGAACGAUGAAAAAAAUGAAGCUGGUUUGAAUGAAAGGUUACAUAGUCUACUUGGUAAACUUCUAAUUUCUGUUUUACUUUUUUUUUUAAGUCUUCUGUUCACAAAGUGAAGGAAAUUUUAAGUUUAGGUUGCAGGUUUGACUCUUGGUUGUUAUAAAGACUGCAACGGUGUCAUGCAUUUUUACUGCAGCACUAUUUACAGUCAAAGCUCGACAAAAUCUUGAGACAAAUGGAUUUAUUUAAAAUAAAACAGACAAGAAUAUGCACAGAGAAAACCUUUGAACAGUUUUGUUCUAAAUUGAGUUAAGGGAGCAUCAGGAGUCUCAAGAAUAGGUGAAUCCUUUGGAUAAUCUGUAUCUCAACAUCAGUCAGUGGAGAAAUUCACAUGGAAGUCCAAGAGCCCUUGAAAAUAUUGGUGAAUGGUGACAUCUGUAGUUGCUGUGUCAGUGUACCAGGUGCUGGAAUUGAUUUACCCAGCCACACCAUAACCAGCUACUUGGGAAUUAAAUUUCUGCAAAUGUAACCAUACUGGAACCAGGCAGGGACACGUGAAAAUCCACAGUCAAAUUGUUGAUGCAACUUUAUGUUAAAGUGUCUUCAUUCCUGAUGAACUCUCCCACAUCAGCCUGGUGAAACACCACAAUGGACAUGGGGUCGACACGCCGACACUCCUGGGUGUUCUUGGCUGCCACUCCAAAACCCUGAAAAAUAUAAGACAUGACUGUUGGGGAAAAUCUUUCUGAUGAGAAGAGGCAGAAAAAAAAAUUAUUUUCAUGAUGUAAAAACAAGGACAUAAGCUCGGGAAAUGCUCAGUCACUUAAGAAUGUUCUAUGGUUUACAGGAAAUAUAAGUGAAAACUGCAAUAAAAGGUUUCAAAGCAGACUA